AUGAUAGAAUUAAUUUGUAUUUUCACAACAGGCGGCAUAAUAUUAUUCCAGUAAUAAUUUUCCACAUUAAAAUCCGAUCUAGUAGAUAAUUUAAUAAAAAAAAAUCUUAUAAACGAUCGUUCAUCUGAAAAAUCUUAUCUCUACGACUCUUAUCGUGUAAUGUGGAAAAGUAAUACUGACAAAAAGCUUAUAUUUAUGAUAGCUUAUGGUGAAUUAUAACAUUUACAAUAUGCCGAUGUUUUAUUAAAAUUAAUUGAAGCUACAUAUAUAAACGAAUAUUUUUCACAAAUAAUAAUAAAAAAUAAUAUAAUAAAAUCCUUCCCUAAAUUCGACGAAGGCUUCUAAUAAGCAGUAUAGACAUGGUAAAAUCACAUCCGAAAGGAAAAACUAUAAAAAGGUAUGAAAACCUUCGAAUAAACAUAAAAAGGAUAAGAAAUAGAAACCAAAAAAAAAAAAAAAACAUCCACAAAAAUAUCCACUACAUCUAAAUACGAAACCAAUAAUGAAAAUUAUGACGAAAAAGAUAAUAAAAGAAUGGCAAAAAAAGCUGAAAAAAAUACAAUAUAAAAAUCAACUGUUGUAGUUGAAAAUACAGAAGAAAACGCAUCGUCUUCUAAAAUAAAAAAAAGCAAAGAAAAAGCCAUAGGUACAAGUUAGAAAAUAAAAAAAAGUACACUCUAAGGACUUGACUUUAGUCAUGCUAAUAAAGAAGAAGACAUAAAGAAAUUCCAAGAUUAAUAUUUAGGAGGAGAUGAUUAACAUAUAAAAGGAUUUUACGAUCUAAAUGAUUUAUCUUCAGAUGAAGAUGAAUAAAAUAUUAAAAAAAGAGGUUUUUUUGCUUCUUUAUCGAAUUCAUUGAAAUAAUUAACAGGCUCAAAAGUAUUAGAUGCUUAAGAUUUAUAGCCAGUAUUAGAGAAAUUCAAAGAUUAAUUAAUGAGUAGAAAUGUCGCUGAACAAAUAGCCUAAUAAUUAUGUGAUAGUAUAAAAUAAAAUCUCUUAAAAACUAAAUCUUAGGCCUUUACUACUUUAUAUAAGACCGUAAAAGAGUCACUUUAAGAAGCCAUAAGUAAAAUUUUGACCCCAAAGACUAAUAUAGAUAUAAUCUCGGAAGCUUUAAGUGCCAGAGAAAAAGGAAAACCUUAUAUAAUAACCUUUAUUGGUGUAAAUGGGGUUGGAAAAUCCACAAAUUUAGCUAAAGUAGCUUAUUUAUUUAAGACCUAAGGAUUUUCUGUUAUGUUAGCAGCUUGCGAUAAUUUCAGAGCUGGAGCAGUUGAAUAAAUAAAAACUCAUGGAAGGUGUUUAAAUAUUCCAGUUUAUGAUAAAGGAUAUAGGGAAGAACCUGCAGAUAUUGCCUUCUAGGCUAUCAGGGAGGCUACAAUGAAAAAAAUAGAUAUCCUCUUAAUUGAUACAGCUGGUAGAAUGUAAGAUAAUGAACCUUUAAUGAAACAAUUAAGUAAACUUGUAGUGAUGAAUAAUCCUGAUUUAAUUCUUUUUAUUGGAGAGGCUGUAGUAGGGAAUGAUGGAACGGACUAACUUAUGAAAUUUAAUAAGGCGUUAGUUGACUUAUCACCUAAAGAAAAUAUUAAGGAAAUUGAUGGUAUUAUUUUAAGCAAAUUUGAUAUUGUAGAAGAUAAAGUUGGAGCAGCUUUAAGUAUGACUUAUAAUACAGGAAAACCUAUUGUUUUUUGUGGAGUAGGAUAAAAAUAUCCUCAUUUAAAAAAAUUAAAUGUAAGAACAGUUGUUCAUGCACUAUUAAAUUGAUUUUAUUAUUUAUAUAAUAUUAUACUUUUUGAGAAAUAAUUAAUUUUUUUUUUUUUUUAAUCAUAUUAUUUAUUAUUGUUUUUUAAUUAUAUUUUAUUUUUAUUUUUUUUAAAAAAAGUAAAUUUUAAUUAUUU